ACAGACAGGGUGGCAAGCUGCACGCCCAUCUUCCGGAUCCAUUUCUGCUGAAGGAGGAAUUUGGCUUCCCCGCCGUCUCUGACACUCUGUAACCAGGGGCCAUCGCCAUGAGCCUCACCUGGUAAUACUGUCUCCAUCAGCCGCUUUGGGAAUAGCCCCGUAUUAUCUUGACUGCGCAUGAAAAAGUCAACGCUUCUCUUAUGGAGAUAUAACUUUAUUCAAAUCAUAACGUUUUAUAUGUUAUACAAAUGUUUACUUAACCCAAACCUGCGAGUUACUGAGAGAUCUUCUGAUAAGACAAAUACAAGCUUAAGAGAGAAUUCCACAUAGGAUCAUGCAGCCACUGAGCAAAUCGAUGGCUAUUUCAAAACCUCGGAAUCUGGCUCUUCAUGAACAAGGUGAAAUCCUGAAAGGAGAUGUGUCUUGGCAGCAGAAAACUAUUCCAGUCAUGCAGACAAGUGAUUCUGAGGCUUCUCGCCAGAAGUUCAGAACAUUCCAGUAUUUGGAAGUAUCUGGGCCUCAUAAAGCCUUCGCUCAACUCUGGGAACUCUGUCUUCAGUGGCUGAGACCAGAGGUUCAUACAAAGAAGCAGAUCCUCCAACUUUUGGUGCUGGAACAAUUUCUGACAGUUCUCCCAGAAGAGGUCAGAAUUUGGGUGAAUUUACAACAUCCAAAGAACAGCAAAGAAGUGGUGACCCUUUUGAAGGAUGUGAUCGAAAUACUUGAAGACAAAGGUAUACCCUCCAAGGAUUCUGCUCUACUCCCAAAGGGGAACAUCAUGGAAACUGACCCUCCAACAGGUGAAUCUUGGGAACCAGUGACAUUCAAAGAUGUGGUUGUGGAAUUCAGCAAGGAGGAGUGGGGGCAACUGGACCCGGCUGGAAAGGACCUGUACAGGGAUGUGAUUCUGGAGAACUUGAGGAACCUGGAUUCACUACAUAAAGGAAAGCACCAACUUUCCGAACCAGUUACAGCAUGUCAGUUGAAGAAUAAGACAAAAAAAUGGGCAAUGAAGCAAGAAAUCCCAAGAACAACUGUUUUGGGUAGAGAAGUUCUUUCAAAAAACCCAGAUUCAGUCCCGAAGCAGACAAUUGCUGGAAAAGAAUCACUGGAAGUGACUGUGACAAGAGUGACCAAAACUGGAGACCCUUCUUUACAUGCCUGGAAGAGUCAUGACUGGUCCCAUAGGGACCAGAAAAAAUUGGAAUUAAGUUUGCAACAGGAAUCUUUCAUUCAUAAGAUGAACUACACUGAGGAGGGAGAUUAUAAAUGUACUAAAAAUAAGAAGAAGAAUGAUAGUAUGUCACUUAACUCAAUUUUUGACACACAAGGUGGAAUCCCUAUGAGAACAGAGUAUUCAAAAUAUAAUAAGGUCAAAACUGCCUUCCAAUUUAAUGUACAGUCAGUAGGUAAUCAAGAGUCAGAUGAUGAUAAGAAAUGUGAGAAUUCCUUGAGCCUGAGUUCAAAUGUGCAACACCUGAAAAGUCACAGCACCGUGAAUUCCUAUGAAUGCUACCAGUGUGGAAAAGCUUUCAGCCGGGGUUCAUCCCUCAUCCGACAUCAGAUCAUUCACACAGGAGAAAAACCCUACAAAUGCAGUGAGUGCGGAAGAUUCUUCAAUCGACGCACAAAUCUCACUAAGCAUCAGAAUCUUCACUCUGAAGGAAAGGCCUGUGAAGGCAAUGCAAAUGGAAAUACCUUGAGUAAUAAAGAAGACAGUCAUACCAACACAAGACCCCACUCGGGAGGGAAUUCUUACGCAUGUAGUAACUGUGGGAAAACCUUCAACCGUAGCUCCUCCCUGAUCCGACAUCAAAUGAUUCACACCGGGGAGAAACCAUUCAAGUGUGUGCAAUGCCAGAAAGCCUUCAACAGAAGAUCUAACCUUGUGAAACACCAAAAACUUCAUACUCAGAAAGUUUGGUAACAGAAGGCAAUGCAGAAUUAUUUCCAGAACAAAAACUGGGCAGGGGAGAGAGCAUAAGGUUACACAAGAAGAGAGAGAUGAUGCUUUGGUCUCUCCCAUAUCCCUCACAACUAAGUAAAUAAAGCUUUAAAAUCAAAUAACCCUUUGAGGGAUGCAGUGUCCUCCACCUGCUGGACAACUCUGCAAGCCACCUGACUCAUGUGGUCAAAUUCCCAGGUGUUUAUGGUAGCACUCCCAUCACAUCCAAUUUUGAGAAAAUUCAUGUAUGCUUGCCAUCAUAUACUUAGUACACUUUUAACAUCUUAUGUCUAAAGUGGCAGAACCUUGGUUUUGUUUUUGUUUUUGUUUUUGUUUUUGUUUGUUUGUUUCCCUCCAGGGUGGUUGCUGGGGCUCGGUGCCUGCACUACAAAUCCACUGCUCCUGGAGGCUAUUUUUCUCUUUGAUGGCCCUUGUUUUUUUGUUGUUACUGUUGUUGUUGUUAUUGCUCUUGUUGUUGGAUAGGACAGAGAAAUCGAGAGAGGAGGAGGAGGCAGGGAGGGGGAGAGAAAGACACCUGCAGACCUGCUUCAUCACUUGUGAAGUGACUUGACUCCCCUGCAGAUGGGCAGCUGGGGGCUCAAACCGGGAUCUUUGAGCCAGCCAGUCCUUGCGCUUUGUGCCAUGUGCACUUACCCCGCUGCGCUACUGCCCGGCUCCCUGAACCUUGUUUUUAAAAUGAAAUAUUGUGGCCGUCUUUAAUUAAAAUCACAUGUAAAUCGUUGACAUGGAGUUAGAUUUGUGGUUCUUUUGUCCUCAUGAACCAUAUGGAGGUUCUUGGCACACACCUUGAAAAUUUGUGCUUGCCAGGCAGUGGUGUACCAGGUUUAGCACUCAUUAAAAUGUGCAAGGACUCAGGGUCAAGCCCCUGAUCAUCUCCUGCAGGGGGAAGCUUUAUGAGUAGUGAGUCAGGGCUGCAGGUGUUUCUCUGUCUAUCUCCCUAUCUCCCCCGAUAUCUCACUUUCUCUGUCUCUAUCCAGUAAUAAAUUUAAAAUAUUUUAAAAAAGAAAACUUGUACUUGAAUCAACAUACCACUUUUGGUAUUACCUUUAUUGAACAGAGAUAGUCAGAAAUUGAGAGGGAAAGGAUGAUAAGAGAGGGAGAGAGACAGACUCCUGUAAUACUGCAGGUAGGACCUGGGGGCUUGAACCUGGGUCCUUGUGCAUUGUAACAUAUGCAUUCAAGCAGUGGUCCCUAAUCAAUAUAUCACAUAUAAGCUGGAAACUGAACCUAUUCCACCAAUUAUCUCAGCACCAUUUACUCAAUAAUCCUUCAUAGAUCUUUAUAGAACCAUUAUUGAUUACAUUUCUGAAGUAUAUAAGCAUAUGUACUAUCAAUAAAUAUAUGUAAAUUUAAUUCACAAAAUUAUUAGUUAUAUAACAUUAUUAUUCUGAACUUUUUUUUUCAAAUGUACAAGCUCUAAGAUAGCCUCUUAGAUACAGGGUCAUACACUGUUUUCCUCUCAUUCCUCAUAAACAACUGAAUUCUACUGCUAGGAUAAUUCUCCCAUGACUACAGGUUGUCCACCCAGUUGGAUUUUCAGGUUUUAUGUGUUUUAGUUUUUUUAUUUAAAGAUUUAUUAACAUGAAAGAGGAGGAGAAAGAUCUUUGGGCACAUACAAUGCCAGGGCUUAAACCUAAGACCUCUUGCUUUCAAGUCCCAAAGCUGUAGCCACUGUACCACCACCCAAGACACUAUUUUCAUUCACUUACACAUAGUUUCCUAAGCACUUUAUAGGGAAGUGAUAAUUUGAUAUUAGAAUUUGAUAAAAUGUAAUGCCAGCUGUAUUCCUUAUUGUUCUUUGUUACAUCUUAUCUAACCUUUUAGCCAUUCAUUAUAACUAUAUUUUUAUCUUAGAUAUUCUUCACUAAUAGAUUUCUAUUAUAGUUUUAUUUCAGGUAUCUUAUCAUGCUACUAGAGAUGUCAGUCCUACUUUUUUUGUUUUAAUCUUUCUUUGUUCAUUGGAUAGAGAUAGCCUGGUCUGAUAGCAACUCAAAUUCUACUAUGUAGAUCUCUGAUUUUGAACCACUUCAGUGUUUAUAGUUUCUAACGGCAUUCCUGUCAGCUUUGUCCACAUCUUUCACACCUGACGUAGACAAAACAGUAUACUUCUUAUUUUAUUUAUUGAUAAAGUAUCUCUAAGCUAUCCAAUUUUAGAAACAGGGUCAUAUACCGUUUUCUUGCCAUAAGCAGUUGAAUUCUACUAGUAUGCUAAUUUGUUUCACAUGUUUUCAUUUUUGUUUUGUUUAAAGAUUUAUUUAUUAACAUAAGAGAGUUGUAGAGAUUCACUCUGCCAUAUGUGGUGUCGUGGACUGAACUCAGAACCUCGUGUUUCCAAGUCCCAAAUCUCUGGCCACUGCACCACCUCCAAGACCACUAUUGAUACACAUACACACGAGCUCCCUAAGAACUUUAUAGGGGAGUCAAAAUGCUGUUUUAUAGAAAAUUAGACAAUUUCAAUCCAAAUCAAGACUUGAAGUCAGUAAAAAUAUAAAGCUGCCUUAUAUUGGAAGUGAGAGUGUUUCACAGACACAGAUCACAGAAAGAUGAGAAAUUGUACCCAACUGUACUCUGUUGAUGCCCCCACUCAUAAAGGGAAUGUGUGUGUGUGUGUUUUGACUACAUAGUAUCAUUUAAUACACAUAAAAAUGCAUAGACAGCUGUAAUGAGACAGGAUGCAGAGUUCUCUCUUUAAUCUUUUAUAAGGACUAUGUAUAAUAUUUAGUAAAAAACUACACACUUUAAUUUCAAAUAUAGGAAUCUUUCUAAGGAUCUCCUUAAACGUGGCUUGUAUUACUUAGGUUAUUUAACGAAUCUUCUUCUCAGCAGUAAUGGUUAAAGACUAAGCUCUGAUGAAAACUGCUCACUAAAUGACCAGAAUUAUAAGGUUUCUCCUUUGUGAUUAUUGUGAAGAUGUGGAUUCUGAUAGAAUCCCUUAUAAUACCAAUGAUGUUUAUAAGGUUUGUCUUCUGUGUGGACUCUGAUGAAUCUGAAGGGCUGAGCUAUGACUGAAACCCCCUACCACAAUUAGCACAUUGAUGAGGCUUCUCUCCUGUGUGGACCCGCUGACGGAUGUGAAGAUUAGAGCUGUGACUAAAGCCCUUUCCACAGUCAUUGCAUUUGUAGGGUUUUCCUUCUAUAUGAACUCUCUGGUGAAUGAGAAGAUAUGAAUGCUGACUGAAUCCCUUACCACACUGCUCACACUUAGAGGGUUUCUCUCCAGUGUGCACUCUGAUGAGUGUGAAGCUUUGAACUCUUGCUGAAACCCUUCCCACAUACAUGGCAAGUAUAGGGUUUCUCAUCCAUAUGGACCUCUGAUGGAUCCGAAGAGCCGAGCUGUGACUGACAUCCUUCCCACAGUCUUCACAUUUAUAAGGCCUCUCUCCUGUAUGCACUCUCCAAUGAGUUUGAAGAUUGGAGCACUGAGCAAAGCCCUUCCCACAGUCACCACAUUGGUAAGACUUCUGUCCUGUGUGGACUAACCAGUGAAUUCGAAGAUUUGAGCUUGUACUGAAGCCCUUACCACACUCAUCACACUUAAAUGGCUCCUCUCCUGUGUG